UGUCAACUCGCGCUGCAAAGCCCUCAGCCUUGUGUGCUACUGACGUGUCCGCGCGGGGUCACUCGAGGCAACCAUCAGUUCCAUCUGUUGGGUUCCAUUGAUGCCCAUCGCAUUUUACCUACAAUCAUAGGAUGGAUCCCUAGAAAAUAUUUCAACCGCACUUCUCAUCUUCUAAAUAUUCUCCCAGGUUAACGGAGGGCUAUACCCACACAUUCGCAUAUCCUCACAACGGGCGAAUUCAAUACCCACAUCUUUCCCUACUUCAACCGUCAACAUGAAGAAAGACAAGAAAAAGAAAUCGAAACAAACAGUUAUGACUGACGAGCUCGAACUGCCACCACCGUCCCCUAUGCCCUCGGUCAAUGAAUAUCAUCAACCCCCAACCAGCCCUUACUCCACAGCUAUUGUACAGGUUAUUAUCGGCGGUAACGUCUACGGCGUCCCGGAGUACUACCUGCGUCCAUACCCGCGACUGAAUCCUUCCUACUCCUGGCAUCGUCCCAGUCUCGACGACAUCAACCCAGAUAUCGGACACACUCUAAUCCACUUCCUCUAUACCGGCACCUACCAAACCAUUGCACCGUCCACCAAUGACCCAUACUGUAAUCCUCGAAGUCGGGAAUUCGAAUGCAGCGUAUACGCCUACCAGGCCGCACGACGAUAUGAAAUCACCGGACUAGAAGAUAUUGCGAGGGAAUACAUGUGUACUUUCGAUGACUCGGUAACGACACUCGAAAUCCUGAACAUCGCGCGCAAGGUGUAUACGACUCUUCCGAGUGAAGAUGCUUGGUUUGAGACCUUCGUUCGCGAUAAACUCGUUUCUGCGUUUGAAUUGGAUGCAUUGCAGUUUAGGAAGGAUGUUGCGCAGUAUGGCGUCGGCACUGAUGUCAAAUUCGACCAGUUCUUGGUGGCGGCAGUCAUGGAGAUAUACUCUCAGAGGAUAGCCACGUUGGAGGAUGCUGUUAACAGUAAGGUCGAGGAUGAUCACGUUGAAGAGGUUCAUGAGGUGGCUGUUGAGGUCCCUGAGGCUGUUCCGGUAGAGGAGCCUUAUGAGGAACCCCCGCCUGUAUCCCCUGUCCCUUUUUCCCCUGUCCCUUUUUCCCCUGUCCUUGAUCAACCUUAUCAACCUCCAGCAUCAUCGUUCUCCUCUCCUCGACCCGUGAGGGAGCAAAGUCCUGGAUAUGAACCACUUGAACCGACAUCGGAACCAGAGCCUGAGCCUGAGCCAGCGCCGAUAUAUAAGGCAGAUCUCCCGCCUGAGCCUGAGCCUGUAUACGAUGCAGAACCCGAACCUCAAGCAGAAGCACUCCAUGAGCCAGAACCUGAAUUCGGUUAUGAAGCCGACCCUGAGCCUGAACCUGAGAUUGAACCUCCCGAGAUACCAGACAGUCCUCUCUACUCCAACUGGCAUACGCUCUCAUCCAAAGAUCGGAAGAAACGAGAGAAGAUGUUGGUGAAGAAAGGGCUUCCUAUCCCUGGUAAGGAUUUUGAAUUGGCACUACCAGAAGCUGAACCCCCGAUGGAACCUGAGCCGGUACUCGAAAUACCCGAAGAGGCUGAGCCAGAGCUCCCACCGACAUACGAGCCAGAAGAGGCUCAAGAGCCUGUACUUGAGCCACAGCCUCAGCCCCAGGAGGAUGAUGGGUGGUUUUAGCCAGUGCCAACAUCGAAAGAGAAGCCUAAGAGGUUCCUUGGGAGGUCGAUAGCCCCCAGUAUUGCAUAGGCUCCAUCAGAUACUCUCGUCCAACUUUCAUGAUUGCCUCGAUAUAGCGGUUUUUGCUCUGAGAUAGGUUGAAGUGAUAAGAUAUUGUCUUGCGUUUAAACAAUUUAUCAUCGGUUAUUCUUCUGGACUACCCAAUGCGAUGGACACUUACUCCGCCAUGGUUGUUCGGCACAGGAGAAAAUUGUUCAAGAAUUUCGGGAGUUGGCCUUGAGUCGGUAUUUGAAGAUAGUCCGGGGUUCAUCGGUAAUUAAUGUGGUUCCAAAAAGUAAGAUGGGGAUUCUGGGCUCGAAAUGGCAGUUUCUUUCUGUGCUUUUGUAGGAGGUUUAGAUAACCAAUGCCCCAGGCAUGAACUGUCACGGAACUCC